AUUUUGUUAAUAAGCCGAUUGGUCUAUGUGUUAUAAAUUGACGUUCUCACGCAGUUCCCACACUUGUAUUGAUUUCAGCAUUAUAAGUACCUGUAUACCGUAUAUAACCAUCGUUACAUGCCUUUAGUCUCACUCGCUGAAGCUCGUCUGGCCACUCCAUGCUGACGGUGCCUCGUGUUAAUCAAGGUGAAGAAUGGCCUCAAUAGACUCUGGAGAAUUUUCAGAUCUUGAACACAAAGGUGUAGCAGUUCUUUACUUUCUCUUUGGAGUAUUGGGAGUUUUGACGAACUCGUUUGUGCUGAAAACUUUUAUGAAGGAUGGAGUGCUGACCUCCCCUAAAAACAUCCUCCACGUGAACCUGGCGUUCUCCAACAUCCUGGUGGUCCUCGGCUUUCCCUUCUCGGGCCUGUCCAGUUGGCACGGGAAAUGGUUGUUUGGUCAACAAGGCUGUCAAUUAUACGGAGUGGAGUCCUACACAGGGGGUAUAGCUUGCACAGGCUUUGUAUUUGCUUUAUGCUUUGAACGAUACCUGGCCAAUCGACAAAGACAAAUAUAUGAUACAAUGAGCUCCAGCACGUGGUGGUUGAUUACCCUGGCUGUCUGGAUACACGCGUUCGUUUGGGCUAUUCUUCCAGUGUUAGGUUGGAGCAGUUAUUCGAUGGAAGCAUCAGGAGUUGCCUGUGGCUUGAACUGGCUGAAACACGACUUUAACCACACAUCCUUCGUGAUUUUCAUGACUAUUGAACACUCCGUCAUUUAUCUGUUGGCAUUCAUUUUUCUCAAGUCUGCGAAAAGUUACGUGGACUCCCACACAAUCCUCGAGGUCAACACACAAAACUGGUUCACCGAAAAACAGCUUGUCUGGAUAACAUUUGCUUUCCUUCUGAUUGCUGGGAUAGGCUGGGGACCAUAUGGCUAUUUUGCAGUAUGGAGCCAGCACACUCAAAUUACCAGUAUUUCUAUGUUAGCCGUCACUUUGCCGCCACUGUUCGCUAAAGGAUCAACCAUAUUUUACAUUAUACCAUACCUUGUGGCUAGCAACCGUUUCCGGGACGCGGUUGUUGGAGGUGAUGUGGGAAGUGGGGAUAAGAAGGAAAAGUAGAUAAAUCUAGUGUCAACUAGAGAAACGUUUAAGGCGAGAGGAAAGGAAGAAAGGGGAGGCUACAACAAUUUAUUUUAUCAGAAUUUUAUACUUUUAACAAAACUUUGAAAAUGUUUAAAACCAUGUCAUAAAAGGAAUAAAGAUCGACCAUAAAGAUGGGAACCCGUUAAGGUAACCUUGGAGGAUCUGUAAGAGCCAUUGUUUGUCCUUUUUAAUGUCUUGUUUUCAUUUUUUAAGAGUGUUUUAGCUUUGAAUUACCUACAUGUUUUUAUGCCAUGAUUAGCUCUUUAUUAUUAUUUUUUUUAAAUAUUAUGUUGCAUUUGGUAAUUCGUGCGUUUAAAUUCAAAAUCUUAUUAUUUAUAUUUGAACACUUUUUUGUAUUUUUAACUUGUUUCCGAAAGGUGGCGUCUAAAAAUGAGCGAAAAUUUCUCGAAGAGACGGAAAACAAACAAAAAGAAAAAGAAAACUUACUCCAUGACCUUAGAGCAAACGCUUUUACAACUGCGCUUCUCGGGCGAGGAAGGAAUUUUGUGUUUGUAUUUGGCUACUAGUAUUUUACUUGCAAAAAGACGUUAAUGGAAAUACGAGUAUAAUAAAACUUUAUACCAGA